UUUAUUUACAAAAAAAAACAAAUUGUGUGAUUUGUGAAAUUGUAUUGUAAACAGUGCUUACAAUAAUAUUAAAACUUAAUAUAAUAUAAAUUAUAUAAAUUAUAAUAUAUAUUACUAUAUAACCAAAAUGAGUGAUUCUGAGAGUGAAAAUGGUGAUGAUAUAGAAAAAGCUUGGAAUAUUGGACGUUCGGCAAUAAUUCCCGAAAAAUCUAGGGAACGUUAUGAAAUGACGUACCAAAUUUUCAAAAAAUGGUGUGGAGUAAAGAAUAAAAAUACGAGUGAAAAAAUCUUGUUGGCAUAUUUGGUCGAAAGAAACGGAAAAUUAAAAGCUGCAGGUAGUUUAUGGGCCGAAUACUCAAUGUUGAAAGCGACAAUUUUUUUACACGAAUCCAUUGAUAUAUGUUUUCAACAUUAAUUGCCUUUCUAAAAAGAAAAAAUGUUGGGUACAAACCUAAAAAAGCUAGUGUUUUUACCAAGGAUGAAAUGUUUAAAUUUUUAAUUGAAGCACCAGACGAAUUGUUUUUAAUCCAUACGGUAGCAAUGAUAUUAGGAGUAGCGGGAGCAUGUCGCAGAGAAGAGUUAUAUAAAAUGACUAUUAAAGAUAUAGAAAAUCGUGAAUCUUUUAUUAUUAUAACCAUUCCAAAUACAAAAACCAAUAUUCAGCGCACAUUUACUGUCAUAAAUAAAAAAAACGAAAAAAUUUAUUAUUUGAAAAUUGUUCGGAAAUAUAUUAAACUGCGGCCAAACAAUGCAAAGUCGUUGCAUUUAUUCCUAAAUUAUCGGAAUGGGAAAUGUAAAAGUCAGGUAGUCGGUAAAGGUACUAUUGGAGCUUUAUCAUCGAAAAUUGCUGAAUACUUAAAAUUGGAAAAUGCAGUUAAUUACACUGGUCACUCGUUUCGACGUACUUCAGCCACAUUAUCAGCCAAUAAAGGUGUAGACGUUUUAGGACUAAAAAGACAUGGAGGUUGGAAAUCUUCGACUGUGGGUGAAAGUUAUGUUGAAGAUUCUCUUCAAAACAAAAAUCAAUUUGCAGAAAAGAUGACAUGAUGAUAAUGAAUCGCCUUGUAGCGUUUCUGAUAAUAUACUACAAUCGUCAGCUUGUGCUUCUACAUCACGGACGUUUUCUGUUGAUACAAAUACCGAAAAAAGCAAUAUUUCAAUUUCUAUUUCUAGCUAUAAUAACUGUACAUUUAAUUUCAAAUAAUAGUUAUUUAUAUUACAAGUGGGCU